CUAACAGACAUCUUUGCCAGGGUAGGUUGGCCCUCUGACAUCCUUACAGAUUCAGGGUCUAAUUUCCUGGCAGGGACCAUGGAAAAACUGUGGGAAACUCAUGGGGUGAAUCACUUGGUUGCCACCCCGUACCACCAUCAAACCAAUGGCCUGGUGGAAAGGUUCAAUGGAACUUUGGGGGCCAUAAUACGAAAAUUCAUCAACGAAUUCUCCAAUAAUUGGGACCUAGUGUUGCAGCAGUUGCUGUUUGCCUACAGGGCUGUACCACAUCCCAGUUUAGGGUUUUCACCAUUUGAACUUGUGUAUGGUCACGAGGUUAAGGGGCCAUUACAGUUGGUGAAGUAGCAAUGGGAGGGGUUUACGCCUUCUCCAGGGACUAAUAUUCUGGACUUUGUAAGCAACCUACAAAGCACCCUCCGACACUCUUUAGCCCUUGCUAAAGAAAACCUAAAGGAUGCUCAAAAGGAGCAAAAGGCCUGGUAUGAUAAACAUACCAGAGAGCCUUCCUUCAAGGUAGGAGACCAGGUUAUGGUCUUAAAGGCACAACAGGCCCAUAAAAUGGAAGCAUCAUGGGAAGGGCCAUUCAUGGUCCAAAAGCGCCUGGGAGCUGUUAAUUACCUCAUAGCAUUUCCCAAUUCCUCCCUAAAGCCCCGAGUGUACCACGUUAAUUCUCCCAAGCCCUUUUAUUACAGAGACUUACAGGUUUGUCAGUUCACAGCCCAGGGAGGAGAUGAUGCUGAGUGGCCUGACGGUGUCUACAACAAAGGGAAAAGUAACGGUGGCAUGGGAGAGGUAACCCUCUCCACAACCCGGAAACGUCUGCAGGGGCAACAGAUCAAGAAGUUGAUGCACUCUCCCGUGAAAGUUCUCUAACAUCAACUGGUUAAAAAUUGUCCUUGCAAUGUGAAGAAUCUUGUAGUUUUACAUAAUUAGUGACAUAUGUAAGGAUGCAUGGGUUUAUUGAUCUGUUUAUUUUAAAGUUCUAGGGAGAAAUCACUGUCAGUGUGGUUCCACACUGUCAGCGAUUUGGGGGGCGUGUCAUAAACAGAUAAGAAAAGUUAAUAGCACAGAAGUACUUUAUAUCUCUUUGACUAUAAAGAGUUAACAAGUUUAGUAAGCCUGGCUGUCACCUGACCAGAGGACUAAUCAGGAAACAGGAUACUUUCAAAUCUUCCGGGAGGGAAGUUUCUGUGUGUGCUGUUAGAAUUUGGUUGUUGUUCACCCUGGGGGCUCAGAGGGACCAGACGUGCAACCAGGUUUCUCUCCAAUCUCUCCGAUACAGGCUCUUAUAGAUUCAGAAUAGUGAGUACUAGAUACAUAAAGCGAGUUAGGCUUAUGUUUGUUUUCUUUAUUUGCAAGUGUGUAUUUGGAUGGAAGAAGUUCAAAUGUGUAUUUGGCUGGAAGGAGUUCAAAUUGGUAUUUUGCUGAAAAGAUUUUAAUUUGUACUUGUAUACUUAGACUGGGAGAGUAUUCCCAGUGUCUAUAGCUGAAAGACCCUGUACCUAUUCCAUUUUAAAUUUACAAAGCUAUUUUUUACUGUUUUCCUCUCUUUAAUUAAAAGCUUUUCUUGUUUAAGAACCUGUUUUUUUAUUCUGGUGUGAGACCCCAGGGGACGGGGUCUGGAUUCACCAGGGAAUUGGUGGGGAGAAAGGAGGGAAGAGGGAGAGAGAGGCUGAUUUCUCUCUGUGUCAGGAUUACUUUCUCUCAGGAAGAGUCUGGGAGGGGGAAAGAGAAGGAGGGAGGAAGGUGAAUUGUCCUCUCUGUUUUGUGAUUCAAGGAGUUUGAAUCACACGGUGAUCUUCCAGGGGAACUCAGGGAGGGGAAGCCUGGGAGAGGCAACGGUGAGGGAAAGGGUUUACUUUCCUUGUGUUAAGAUCCAGAGAGUCUGGGUCUUGGGGUUCCCCGGGCAAGGUUUUGUGGGGACCAGAGUGUACCAGGCACUGGAAUUCCUGGUUGGUGGCAGCGCUACAGGUUCUAAGCUGGUAAUUGAGCUUAGAGGAAUUCAUGCUGGUACCCCAUCUUUUGGACGCUAAGGUUCAGAGUGGGGAAUUGUACCAUGACAAGACGUAACCCCACUGGAGUCACAGGGCUGGUUCCCAUCUCACUGACAAUGGUGUAAAUCAGGUGUAAGCCCACUGGAGUCACCUGGGCUGGUUGUCCUGUCAGUCAGUGUAAAUUGGGAGUAACCCAGCGGGAGUCUGUGGAGCCACACCAGCAAGUGAGGGAAGAAACAACGAUGCUUUUACCCAAUUAUGGGAAGUCUGCCAGGUCGCAGUGGCUAAUGGGGGAGUGUGCUGGAUGUAUUGGGGGGCAGAUCCAGUUUUUCACGUGUUGAAGCUUUAUCACUGCAUGAAGCAGAGGUCACUCUGUGUUCACAAAGGCAAAUAGCCAGUGGAGCAAAUGCUCCAGGUGAUUAACAGUGUUUAAAUAGAUUUCAGAGUAGCAGCAGUGUUAGUCUGUAUCCGCAAAAAGAACAGGAGUUCUUCUUCGAGUGAUUGCUCAUAUGCAUUCCAGUUAGGUGUGUGCAUGCCACGUGCAUGUUCGUUGGAGAAACUUUUACCCUAGCAACACUCGGCGGGUCGGCUGGGCGCCCCCUGGAGUGGCACCGUUAUGGUGCCGGAUAUAUACCCCAGCCAACCCGGCCACCCUUCAGUUCCUUCUUACCGCCCGUGUCGGUUGUUGGAACAGUAGAGUGCAGCUUAGCUGACCUCCACCUUCCCUAGCUACUCGUAGUCUCUUCUAGUUGUUAUAUUCGUAGUGUAGUUAACUGUUAUUGUAUAUAUAUAGUUCGUUAGAUUUAGUUAUAGUUCAUAGUUAUAGUUGUUAGUUAGUAAGUGUUGCGGGGUUCGGGGGGUAGCCCCUUCCCCACACCCGGUGCUGGAGCUCAUGCCUGGCUCACCGGGUUUCAAGCAGUGCUCGGCCUGUCAUAGGCCGAUGCCAACAGGAGAUCCCCACGACUCCUGUUUGAAGUGCCUAGGGGAAUCGCACUUAUUGGCUAAGUGCCCAAUUUGCAAGGCUUUUAAGCUGAGAACUAAAAAGGAGCGGGACAUUAGAUUAAAGCAGCUUCUAAUGGAAGCGGCCCUGACACUGUCGUCCUCGGCACCGAGCACGAGCCAGUCGGUGAGCAGAGGCACCGGUACGCCUAAGGAUUCCCGGCACCGGCCACCGCCGGCACCGAAAUCGACUCCGCGCCACUCCCUCUCCCCGAGGUCGAAGACGGUGAAGGGUCAGACGGCAACACCCGCGUUGCAGCCAGAGACUGCACUUAGGUCUGACUGCUCGGCACCAAUACCUGCCGCGGCGGAGCAGAAACCGGUACCGUCAACUCCAGCCCCACGAGGGCCGUUGAGUCCGGCGCCUGACAGCUCCCCAGCACUUGCCGUAGUAGAGCUCACUUUGCCGUCUACCCCAGAGACGUUUUCCGCAGCGAGGGACUUGAUCGCCAUUACCGAGGCGACACCGCCCCUACCCCUGGCACCACCGAUGCGAGUAUUGCAGUCCAUGGGCAAGCUGACCCUGACCAGACUGCCGUCUGUCAGCGUAGCGGACCGGCACCGCUCGAGAUCACGAUCCCACAGGCGCUCUGGGUUGAGACGUCAUUCCCACUCUCAACGUCGCGCUCAGUCCCGGCACCGUUCCUCACCACGGCACCGGUCGGACUCUCGGCACCGGUCGGACUCUCGCUCCUCAACCCGCUACUCGCGGUACCGCUCCAGUUCCCGGCACCAUCCCAGGCACCGUAUCUCCCGGAGCAGGUCAAGGCAUAGAAACUCGAGAUCCCGGUCAACCUCCCGGCACCGGUCUGGUCGCAGGUCCCAGUCUCGCUCUCGGUACCGCUCUGUGUACUGGCACCGGUCCCCACGAUCGAGGGGUGCGAGAUCCAUCGGGACUUCGGCUCCAGGUUUUUCUGCUCCACCAUGGCCAUCCAGACACAUGGCUGUAUCCUCCCAGGCGGACAGCUACUAUGACCGGGACCGGGAUACGGAGGUACCUACGAGAGUUUUCCAGGACUCUCGGCUGCAGGACAUAGGACCUCAACAGUGGUCCUUCUGGACACCCUGGGCGUACCACCAAGCCCAGGGUGCCCCCCUAGUCCAGACCUGCUCUGCUGCCUCAGAAUAUCGGGGGAGCCAGAACCACGGGCCCUCUAAGGCACCACCAGGCCCUAAGUCCAACUUUUGA